UCAGAACACGAUCAGUGUCAGACCGGCGGUCAGCGCGUUCGGUUAUCCAAGUUAAGAGUGUGUGUUUUUUCUCGAUUCUUUAUUAUCCGAUCAAUGACUUGUAUAUAAAAAAAAAAAAAAAAAAAAUGAAUGAUCAUUGACAUUCGUGCUUUGAAAUUUCUCUGUGAGAUUUUGUAUCAGUGACUCUUUCUUUCUCUCGAACGUUUUUUAGGGGAAGGAACUAAGCUGUGAGAGAUUUCGAAGAGUCAAUAGAGAAUGAACGGUUGAAUUUUCCCGGACAUUAAGAAAUAAUGAUUCGAGGGCAAGAAAGUCAAGAAUUGAACGAGGAGAAGGUGACGGGAAAGUGGAAAACGUAGAAAAUCGAAGAAGGAGGAAGGACGAAAGAGAAGAAGGAGAAAAAAGAUCGGAUCGAAACAAGUGUGGAGGGAGUUAGCGAGAAAAGAAAAAAAACAAAUUGUAUCAACGAGAUCAAUAUCGAUCGAUAAAUUCGCUUAAAAAGAAAAAAGAAAAAAAAAAGAGAAAAAAGAGAGCAGGCGAAGAUAAAAAAUAAAAAAAAGAGAGAUAGGGUAGCGAAGAAGACACAGCCAAGAAUAAAGAAAAAAUGGAAUUCGUAACAUUUUUUGACAAUACGAAUAGAUAUUUAUCGAUCCGUGAAUGUCAGGGACGAUGAGUAUUUUUCGCGACAAGAAAUAUCGAAAUUGGUUUUUCAAAGGAUAUCAAACGAAAUCUUUUCCGGGAGUCUAAAUUUAAAGGGAACUAGUCGUGAAUGGAUUGUUCCUUCGUCGUCGUUCGUCAUUUUGGUGACAGAUUGGAAGAAAAGGGACCCAAAAAGAGACGUUUUCAUAAAACUUUGAAAUAGAGUUUAAGCUUCGAUCGAUAGAAGUAAAAGGAAUCGAUAAAGGACGCGCUCUUUCUCUCUCUCUCUCUCUCUCUCUCUCUCUCUCUCUCUCUUCGGAGGUGGGAGAGACAGAGAAAAAGAAAGGGAAAGAUAGAAAAAGAGAAAAAGAAUAUAGGGUGAAAAAGAGAGAUGGCGAAUCGAAUGAAGGCUCUGUAUAACCAGGUAAUAUUCGAAAGGCGAAUUCUGCUCGGUUGUACAGCCCUCGUGGGACUCUCAGCGUGCAUAUGGGCAGUGGCUAUAGGGACCGAUCAUUGGUUCACCGUCAAAGCACCAAAUGACGAAGGUCUGCCGUUGGGAGAUUCUGGAGAGAGCGGCAGGAGACUGAUCUACAAGCAUAUGGGCCUUUGGAGAGGUUGCGUCAGCGGUUUGAUACCAAACGCGAAGAAUUCGAGCAAAUUGGUACCUUACAGUGAAUGCAAGUACCAAGAGAUGUUUCCUCCUGAAUCAAAAAUCGAUGUGGAUCCAGGAUUAGACAGAACAGUGAUCAAUUAUGCUAGGACUCAGGUCUCGUUUGCUAUUAUCAGCAUGUUUAUAAUGAUAAUGGGAUUCUGCUUCUCCAUCUAUACGUUCCGUAACCCACGUUACAUGUUCAAACGGCUGGCUGGCGGAAUACAUUUCAUUAGUGCUGCUUGCAACAUGGUGGUAAUACAAGUACUUCUUUCUUCGGUCGAAUACGAAAGCACAAACGUUUACGAAACGUUCCCUAAGGGUGCGAUCAUGAGAUACGAUUUUUCUCUUAUCCUGGCAUGGAUCGUCUUCCUUUGCAACCUAGUCGCGGGAUGUGCCUUUAUGCUUUUCUCAAGAAAAAGGAAAAGGGAAAAGGCGCCAACCGAGGAGAUCGCUAUGGCCGAUGAACCAACGAUAAUCGGUCGUUAGUCCCCUUCAUUCUCGUACGUAUAUGGUGUUCGUGUAUACAGGGUGUUUCAUUUGAUUCGACCAUUAGAAAUAUCAUUACAAUAUUUAAAUACAAAUGACGUUUCAUAAUACGAGAAAAAGAAAGCGAAAGUGAGAAAGAGAGUAAAAGGUUUAUACGUUUUAUCAGAAAUUAUUUAUUACAAAAGGUGUUCGAAUUAAUUACCAUUCUCACGCUCCAAUAAAAUCUUCACGAUAUCAGAAUACGAUCAAAAAAUAAUUAAAAAUACAAAGAGAUCGUUCACUUAAGCGUAUAAUAACGAUAAUCUAAUUCAAAUUAAUGAUAAUUCUUCCAAACGCUUUCUUAAAUAAAAUAUUUCCCUUUGUGAACGCUUAAAUUUUUACUCAUUCAUUUUUUUCUUAAACAUUUCGAAAAAAAGCAAACGAUAACGUAAAAAAAGAAUUUCGUAUUAAUGUGUCUAUUAAAAAUUUGAGAAAAGAAAUAAUAAGACACAGUUCUUUUCGUAAAAAUCAAAAGGAAAUAUUUCAAAUGGUCGGAAUAGAUGAAACACCCCGUAUAUAUACAUACAUAUAUAUACAUAUAUAUAUGCAUAUAUAUAUAUAUAUACAUAUAUAUACAUAUAUAGCACACAAAGAAAGGGUAUAACUACGCUUGCGCGUCUACGGUUUACUACGUUAUAUUACGUGCAGAGCAAACGUUUCCAAAAAUAUCACCCCAUUAUACUAUUUCCCGUCUUCUCCGGUUCUUCGUCUCUCAAAAAUAGUUGUCUGCCAAAAUAUGUGUGAUGUGUGUGUGUAUAUAUAUGUAUAUAUAUGUAUAUGGAUAUAUAUGUAUAUAUAGACACAUAUACAAAAAAUCUGGUUGUAGAUCUUUUUACAUAAGAUUAACGCUUUUCGAAUAAUAUCGAGAAUAAUACAAAAAUAAUAAACGAUUCACGUUGAUCGUAAUUAUUUAACUAAAUACAAUAUAAAUUAUAUUAUAUUAAUGUUAUCUUUGCUCGAUACAUCACUUUUUGAUCGUAUAUAACACGGCAUGGAUUUAAUUGCUGAUUUCAAUGCAUUGUCUUUAAUAUAAUAUAUAUAUAUAUUACGUUGAUAAAUAUUACCAACAUAAAAUUAUUUCAUUAAAUCGUUAAUCAGAUUUGGAAAACAAAAGGAAAUAUCGCUUUUAAUGAUAUUUCAAUGAUAUUUCAUUGAAGGUUGUGGAAACGUCUUUUGAAUCUUUCCACGUAUGUAUGAAAUAUCUGUAAAUAGAUAUAUGUAUACGUAUAUUUACUUUAUUAUUAUUAUAAGAGUGUACGAAAAGUACAAUAUUCAGAAAUGUAUAUUAAAUCACGAAAGCGAGCGUUUAAGUAUGUAUAUCUCUUUUCCUAUAUGCUUGUUAAAUGUAUUUGUUUGUAUGACUAUUAAAAAGAAAGAAAGGGAGAGAGAGAGAGAGAGAGAGGGAGGGAGAGAGAGAGAGAGAGAGGGAGGGAGGGAGAGAAUGUGCGUGUGUGAGUUUGUUCGCGUGUAAAUGUUCGAAAACCGAUCAAUGUUAAACAUAUCUCAAAUUAAUACCUCAUAACGAUAAUAUCAUAAAUUAAGGAAUACCGAUAUCAAUAUUUAAAAAACAAGAAUAUUAAUUGAAAUAACAAUUGGGAUGUUUAUACUAUUGAUGUGUAUAUAUAUACUAUUGAUGUAUAUAUAUAUAUAUAAAUUCUCUUUUAUACUUUA